AUGGACGUGGGUCUGCCGGAGGAGGUGGAACUGCGGUGGCUCGCUUGCCUGAGCUGGCCUGAUCUCGUGAGGGCGGCUCAAGUCUGCUCUCGCUGGCACCGCCUGGCCAGCGACGUGGGUCUGUGGGAGAAUGCCUUUGUGCGCGAGUUCGGCGACACCGCAGCCGCUGCUGUGCGCUCCACAACUUCCGUUCGUCAGGCGCUGGACAGGUUGUGGGGCGCCGACGAGAGCACAUCCAUCGAGUACGGCGAGUGGACUUCUACCUUCCUCCUCGACACCCGACUCUAUCAGCCGUCCCGCACCGAGGGGGCAGUAUACAAUGCAAACGCGGUUGCACGCAACUUCGACGCGGAGGAUCAGACCUACGAUGAGAUCUGGGAUCGCGGCGAGGUCCAGCCCCACCAAGAAGACCACCACAACGACGAUGAUCACAAAGGGGAGCACGACGACGAACCGACGAUCGUGAAGCCGUGGAAAGCCGUCUUCCUGCGGCACUACCUGCUGCGCUACAGGUGGCUGUACGGGUGCGAGCCGCAGCCCGGCGGCAACACCAAGGCCAAACCGGCGAACUCGGUGAUGCGCGGUGUGGUAGCCGGGAUGAAGUCGAGCGGCAAGAGCCACUUCCUCCGCUCUCUCGCCCCCGAUCAGCACGUAUCGACCCAGGCCUGCCCCGUGGAGGACGGAGGCUGCAACGUGGUGGUGGUCACACUGAACAACGGCCGCCGGAUGGCUCUUCUUGAGAUGCGGCGCCCCAACAAUGGAGAGAUUGGAAGCGACGAAGAGUACAGGCGCAUGGAGGACAUCUACAAACGCUUCCAUGGCGUUGCCGGGCAGGCUCAUCUGCACUGGUUGGUCGGCAUCGUGUGCGCGCACAAGAUCGACCUCGCCACCAGCGAAGCCGAGAAGGAGGAACUGCGGGAAGUGAUCAACCGCAAGCUGCGCGUGGACGCGCUCAAGGUGUGCAGCUGGUACUGCUUGGCCAAGGUCACCACCCUCGGCACGUCCGCCACCGACCGCCGCAGUUGCCUCGCCGCCGUCCAGAAGCUCGCCGCCAACCACAAAGUGCAGGACCUGGCCUGA